AUGCGUAUAGGGUUGUCAAAUAAAUUUUCAAUUUAGAAUUCGAAGCGCAAGAUCACAAGUUUACAUUCCAAUGAACCGGAAGAGUUGAGGAGAGCCUUGUCAAUUGCCAACUCCCCAGAUUGUCAUAGUAUUUGUAAUAAUAUAGGGGAAGACUCUCCUUUGCCGUAAUUGUACAGUCCAGCAGCGAAGAAACCAAUGUUUUAGCGAGUUCCGCGUUCAAGUGUUUUGUAACCAUUGAAAAAGGAGGAUGAUAAAACGAAUGACAAAGAUAUAAUAAAAUAGUUACAGGAAUCUCCGGAACAAAAAUUAGAGGAUCAGAUUCAGAAACCUCUGGUGGGAUCUCAAUCAGCAAGAAGCUAUUUUUAACACUACAAAGUACUCAACAAAGUUAAGCAACAAAAUGAGUAUCAUAAAAUUAAUGAGUCCAUCCAAACGUAGAUGCUCAAAUAAGCUGAAUCUUCUGAUGCACUACCUUGUAAAUUAGGUUUGGUGAAAAUGAAUGGAAAUGAAUCAUAAGUUACCAUCAACAACCAUCAUUAUGGUGAUAAAUACAUUAAGAUGCUAUCCGAAGGUUUAAAACAAAAUCAAGGAGUCAAAGAAUUCUUUUUGAGCAAUAACAGAAUUAAAUAGAAUGGAGCUGUCUCCAUUUUGAGUUAAAUUGGAAAAUAGGCUAUAGUGUUGGAUUUAUCAAAAAAUGAAAUUGGUCAAUUGGGAGUGGACUGUUUGUGCUAAUAAUUACAAUUAAGAGAGAAUAAGUAACAUUGCAUGUUUAAAAUAGAAUAGAAGUUCUCAGUUUGGAAGAUAACAAAUUGGGUGACAAAUUUGUCAUCAAAAUUCUAAAGUGUUUAUUAAGUACUACAAAUAAAGUGAAGUCCCUCAACAUCUCCAAGAACUAUUUAACCAAUGAAGUGGCAGACACACUUAAGGAUACAAUAUUAUAGUUGGACCUACUUGAAGAAUUAUAUCUGCAUUGGGUAAUUUACAUUCAAUAACGUUUUUAGAAUCAAAUAAAAGGUUCCGGUGGUCAGAAGAUUUUUGAGGCCCUCAUUGAAAAUAAAACAAUGGUUGUUUUCGACGGAAGUUGGAAUUGCUUUGGAAUCAUUGAAAAAUCAAAUUGCACCUAAAAGAUCUGUGAAUUUCUCGUUGGUAAUAAAGUCAUGUUACAUUGUGAUUUAUCUGCCAAUCAAUUCACCUUACAAGAUUGCAAAUUGAUAGCAACAAGUCUAAAAUAAAACAGAACCAUAUAUGGCUUUCAUUUCAAUGGAAACUGGGGUAUUAUAGAUCCCAGGGGAUUUCUAAUAAUUGAUGAGAAUUCUCAAUAAAAACCACUAGGCGAAACUCCAAGAAUGAAGGGACUGGAUUAAAUCACAACUCUCAGAUAUGAAAGUGUCUGUUGGAUUUGUUAAGGUUGGCAAGAGCAAAUGUUUGAAUGGACACCUGAAGGGGAAUGCGAUCCCUUGUUUCUACACAUGGAUUUCGAAGAUUACAAAUAAGUUUACAUUCCAAAGAAAUUAGAUAAUUUAUAUAAGCUUCCAUUAAUGGUGCCAUCAGGACAGACAUAAUUUCUAUUCACUGUUAUUGAUAAUCAAAUGGUGAGUAAUAAUUUUAAUUAAAAUGUUUUUGGACAUCUUUUGAAACUUAAGGUUAAUGGCAAUACUGUAAUUUGUUAAUUAGACAAUAUCAAUGUAAUACAAAAGCUAAGACAUUAUCAAUUGAUGGAUAAGAAAGAAUUAAAAGCCGUAACAUCAAUAUUGCCAAGGACUCCAGAUCCUUUGUAUAUUCCUCCUAAACUCAAAAAAUAAAAAAGAAUUUGGAGUUUCCCAAUUUCUAUUUGGUUCAAAGAUUUUAGAUUUGAAAACGAAGAAUUCCUAAGAAAAUGUUUUGAGAAGGAUUGGAGUUGUAGUAAGAUCAUGAAGGUGAUCAAGAAUCCAGAUGAACUCAAUGAAGUGAAAAACCUAUUAUGGAAGGAUUAUAAGAUGAUCAAAGAAACCUACAGAUGGUAUUCAUCUUACAAUCCUACUGGAGAUGUUUGGUCAAUUUCAUCGAAUGUCAUUACUGAAUUUUCAUCAGCCACUGAAUUGGUAGACAAUAAGACGUUCAAGCUUUCAGACUUAGAUCUAAAAUUCAUUGCAACCUGUGCAGCUUCAAUUGAAUAUAAAGGAAAUUACCGUAAUCCUGAAAGAGCUUUGUGUAGAUAUCAAUUUAUGGAAUUUCUAGUCAGAGUUUCUGAUGACAAAUACUUCAAACAGAAAUCGGCGAGCUCAAUGUUGGAAUCUGUUUAGAUGAUACUCCAACAAUGUAGACCGAUUAUGGAGUAAUACAAUGCUUAAAGGUGGAGAGAUGAGCGCUAUUUUAACGAGUAAUGCGAUGACUGUCUUAAAUAUUUUAAGCCAUUAUUGAAUUAGGUGUACAAUCGAUUUAGUAGUAAGAAAGUGAAGCCAGGACAGAAGAAGUUUAUGUGUUUGGAUGAACUGCACGAUAUUUGUGGCAUAGCAGGUUUAUUUGACGAGAGAUUUGUGGAUAGAGAUGCCGAUUUAGUACUUAUUCCUAUUAUAUUUAUAGUCUUUUAAUCUUUCAAUGAUGAUGUAAAUAGAUGAAUUGGAAAGUGAUAGGAUCUUUUAAAUGUCAUUUAUCGAAUUCAUGGAGGCUAUAGCAAGAGUUUCAGAAAAAGUCUCGUUACCAGCUGCUCCUGAUAUGAGUUGGGAAUAACGCUAAUAACAACCAUUGCAUAUCAAAUUAGAAAGGCUUCUUAUUUUAAUAGCCUAAACUUGUGCUUCUGAGGAAUACAAACAAUAAUUUGGAAAUCCUCAAAAGAGUAUAUUUGAUAUCCAACCUGAAGAUGAUUGA